CCAAGCCCCUCCAGCCACCGACUCAUUUCCUUGAGAAAAAUUGGUGACAAAGCUUGAAAUUUCUCCUUCUUUUCUUGUUCUAGAACACAUAUAGAACCCAAAAACCUCCCCCCCUCUGCAGGAAAUUUCGGAUCUGCUUUGCUCUGUUCCUCACCGUCGGUUGCUCUUGCUUAUAGGUGCGAAUUGCUCUGGUUUCUAGUAAGAAAUAGCCACCAAUUCCUCUGUUCUUCCUGAUUUGCCUUGGGUUAACUUUGAUUUCUCUUGGUUCUCCAAUUUUUGGGAUAGAUCCCAAAUUUCUCCCCAAUUCCCGCCGGCUUCCCCUAGCUUGCAGCUCCGAUUUUUGCUGCUAAAUUCUGGAAACGAAACCGAGGACGGGGAACCCAAAGGGAGUGACGAGGUAGAAGGCUAGCCAUUCUUAUUGGAUAUAAGUUUUAGAUCUUAUCAUCAUUUUGUAAGGUAGAUUUUAUUCUUGAGAUGUUGUGAUUUGAAUAAGUUUCGAGCCUUGUGCACUUGUGGGACCCAUCUCACGAGUGCACGGCGUCUACCACGUCCCCGGAUUUGGGUUCUGGGCCGUGACAGUUGAAAAGCUAAUAUUAACAGAAGGGCCCAAGCCAACAACAUUCCUGGGAAUGCGAUCACCUCUUAUCUCAACUUCUCUUUCAAAAUAAAGCGAGAUAAACCACUUUCGGGUUCUGCUCAUUUUCUUCUUUCCCGUCCCCUGCAUCCUCCCCCAAGCUGCUGAUAUUCCUCUCUUGAGGAAUUGGCAAAAGCUUGCUAUUUUUCUCCUCUUUUCUUGUUCAAGAACAAGAUUUGGACUGAGAAAUCAUCCCCUCUGCAGAAGAAAUCCCGGAUCUGCUCUGCUCUUCUCCCCUGUCCGUCGGCUGCUAUGUGGGUGUGAGGUUUUUGGGCUUUUUCUAGUAAGAUUUAGCCAUGAAUCCCUCUCUUUAACCUUGAUUUAGGUUGGGUUUACUUUAAUUGCUUUAUUCCCUUCCAAUUUCUGGUAGAGCCGUGAGCUUCUUCCCCAAAAUCCCGUCAGUCCCCAUGCUCGCCUGGUGCGGGUUCUGCUGGUCGGAAAAAAAAAGGGGGAAUUCUGGAAGAAAUUUGGCAGCCAUUUCAGUAUGUAAUUUUAGCUUUAAUUCAUGUAGAAAUGGCUUGAUUUGCUGCUGUGAAUUUUCUGGAGAGAAAAUCCCGUGUGUGAGUUGUGGGUUGCCAAGGCCAUGCUCUCCAUGUGCUGCCCGUGAGAUUGGGGAAAUUUUGGUAGCUUUAAGCUAUGUUUUUAAGUGUGGUUAAGUAGGAAAUUAGCUUGAAUUGGGUUGUUUUGAUUUUGGAGAAAAAUCCCGUGAGAUUAGCUAUGUUUUGCCAAUUUUGGAAGUUGAAGUUACUGUUCACGGGUACUGUUCACGGGUACUGUUCACACUCCGAGAGUCAACAAUUAACGGGGAUUUAAUUGUUUAGUUUGUAAUAUAAGAAUAAAUUUGGAGAUGUCCGGUUAUGUGGAGAUUGAUAGAAAUAGCACCGUGAUUAGGGGUAGUGCUAAUGAUGAUUUUACUUUGAAUUUGUAGUAGUGCGGUAUUAAUUGUGGAAUAUUGUGAUUAGGUUUGAUCGUUCUGUCACUGUAGCACUUGGGUUAGCCUUCUGUUCUGUGCGAGUAAGGAAGCGAAACUAAGGACGGGAAACCUAGGGAGUGACGAGUUAGAAGGCUAGCCAUUUUGUAAAGUGAAUAUAGAUUUGAGAUAUAGAUCAUGAUUUUGUAAACUAAAGUUAAUCGGAGAUUUUAUACAUUCAUUUAAUGGAUUGUUAGUUUACACAAGAUUUGACCUUGAGAUUUUGAGUUUCAGUCAUGUGGGACAUAGAAUUAAUUUUGAAAUAUUCGAUCUAAGUUAUUGGAUUGUCAGACAUGAAUUGGAUAAGUUCCGAGUCUUGUGCAUUUGUGGGACCCGUUCACGAGUGCAUGGCGUUUGCCACGUUCUCAGAUUUGGGUUCUAGGGCGUGACACCUGCUUCAUGUCAAAUCGAUUCAGGCUUUUGUUUCGAUCAUUUUGGUUAUGGUAAGUGGAGCAGUCAUGGCUCGUGAUGAUGCUGAGAAUUACCUUAUCAAAAAACUUGGUUGUGAAAGCAAGAUGCAUGUAAAAUGUGUGAAGCAGGUUUUUUCAAGCAUAUUUGAAGUUGGAACCGUCACAGAUAGUUGCUGUUAUGAACUUGCAAAAUCAGGUCCACUUUGCCAUUUUGCAUUGGCUUAUAGAACUCUUCAAACUGAAUUUAAAACUUCUAAUGCAUCAAAAAUUUUGGUUAAAAGUACACAUGUGUGGAGUAGGUGCCUUGCACUUUCAUCACAAUUUGGUGGAGAACUAACUUCAAUGUCAAGUCCUUCACCUGCAUAUGGCUAGUUUGGUUCAUGCUAAACAAAAAGAAAUAAUUCAAAUUAAUAAAACUUUAUCAAUUUU